CUUCUGAGGACUCCUAUUGGUGGAGAGAUGUGAAUUUCUUCUCCCCAGAGCGAUAGGGCUGGACGCUAAGGCUGACCUUUAUGGAUUCCCAAAAGGAGGACCUGAGCCUCCCUGGCAUGUGGGUCUCCUUGUGCGUUGGAUUCCUGGGGCUGUGUUCCUCGCUAAUAGGCAGCUGCAUACUCUUUCUGCAUUGGAAGAAGAACUUGCAGAGAGAAGAACAAGCCCAGCAGUGGGUGGAAGUGAUGAGAGCUGCCAUGUUCACCUACAGCCCACUGUUGUACUGGAUAAACAAGCGGCGUCACCACGGCAUGAAUACAGCCAUUAACACUGGCCCUCCCUUUGCUGGCACCAAGACUGAGACCGAAGUUCAGAAUUCAGAUUCUUUAUGGGAGCUGGAUAUCUCUGAAGGUGGGAACUGUAUUGUGCAAGACAGCAGUCCUAGGGGUGAAACCUCUGGUCCAUUGCAACAUGCUUUGGUGGUUCCAAAGCAGCCCCAACCUUCAACAAUGCCACAGCCUCGGACUGACUCCCUAAUCCCACUACCCAUUUUUCAAGAGGUGCCCUUUGCCCUGUCCCUCCGCAACCUGCCUCCCAUGCUGAACCACUCUGUCUCCUACCCUUUGACCAACUGCCCUGAAAAGAAAGUUCAUUUCUGUUCCCUCCCCAUACUGGUCCAAGAAACAAACUGUUUUAAUGCCAAGCCCUUUGCUUCAGAACUGUAGUCUCCUCUCAUUGAGGCUGGGAGCUGCAGGUACCAAAGGCUCCUUUUGGUAGAAAGCAGAAAUAACCUCAAGGAGUUGGUAUUGGCAAAGAGGUUAGAGCCAUCUGGACAUCACAUCAAUAAAUUUUUUUUUAAAAAAAAGUCUAAGUCUCUCCCCUGUCUCA